AUGGGCCUCAUCCUGCUCAUCGCCAUCCCCAUCCUGCUGCAGGCGCCCUCCGCCACCCGCGCUCACUACGAGAUGAUGGGCACCUGCCGCAUGAUCUGCGACCCCUACAGCGCCAGCAGCGUGGCCGCCGCCGGACCCUCCGGCCGUCCCGGGAGCACCGCCGCUCUGGAGGCCCUGCAGGAGCUGAGCGCCCACCCGCCGUCUCCCCUGCCGCCCUUCUUCCAAGGACCCAAGGGCGAUCCUGGACGCCCGGGCAAGCCGGGGCCAAGGGGACCUCCCGGGGAACCGGGCCCUCCAGGCCCGAGGGGUCCCCCUGGAGAGAGGGGGGAUUCGGGGAAGCCGGGACUUCCGGGCCUAUCGAUGUCCCGAAUCGGACCGCCCGGAGCAGCGACUACAGUCGGAGUAGGCGGGUCGGGCGUGAGUGGCAGUAGCAGCCCGCCGCCGGGAGGAGAGAUAACCGGCGCUCUGAGCGCUGUCUUCAGCGGCCCCAGGAUCGCCUUCUACGUGGGCCUGAAGAGUCCUCACGAGGGCUACGAAGUGCUCAAAUUCGACGACGUGGUGACCAACUUGGGGAACCACUACGAGCCCAGCACGGGGAAGUUCACCUGCCAGGUGCGCGGCAUCUACUUCUUCACCUACCACAUCCUCAUGCGCGGCGGGGACGGCACCAGCAUGUGGGCAGAUCUCUGCAAGAACGGCCAGGUGCGAGCCAGCGCCAUUGCUCAGGAUGCUGACCAGAAUUACGACUAUGCCAGCAACAGUGUAGUGCUCCACCUGGACUCGGGAGACGAAGUCUAUGUCAAAUUGGAUGGAGGCAAAGCCCAUGGAGGAAACAACAAUAAAUACAGCACUUUCUCUGGCUUUCUUUUGUAUCCUGAUUGACAGCCAGGCAUCCGAGCUGUGGUCCAUUGCCUUGUCCCCACCAUGCCUUCUCUUGGGGGUCUGCUCUUCAGGUCAUGUCACAUUGCAAGCUGUAUUGUACCUUGAUUGCCAUUUGAAAGAGAGACUGUGACAUCCUUCUAGCCACUGGUGUGUGUUUCUCUGUAUUCUGUUGCUCACUAAAAGAGAUGAGGCGAGUCGGUCAGAAAGGAUUCAUAGGGUAAUUGGCACCACGGAUUUGUCCAUUUAUGGAACAUAGAUUUAAAAUGUGUCCGUAGAAUCCCACAGUGGUGAGAAGGGCAGUCUAGCACCAACAAAAUCCUGGUUGCAAAGCUUAUUUAUAUAUGGUCCUUCGAUCCAGGUAGAGAGUCUCAGCAGCACCUUUGCCAAUGCCCAUUCAGUCAUGAAAAUGUAUAAACCCCUUUUUAAGUGAGUAGCCUUGCUUCAAAAUCAGUGCCAGGAUUCAACAAUAUCUGAUUUUUGCUGAUGGAUUAAAUUUUAAAAAUUGCCCUGCCCAGAAACUGGAGUGUCUGGGCCAUCAGCAUGUCAAGAAGUUUCAAAUUUAGCUCUCCAAAUUCACAAGAAGCCUGACAUUACUCCUACUGGAAAGAUUUUAGUGAUUAAGGCUCCAGCUUCAUAGCAAAUACUUUGCUAUCAGGUUAUAAGGCCUUCUCUGAUUAAAUAAGUG